UUGAUAAUUAGGUUUCCAAAAGCCGACAAUGAUCGAUACCGCAAAAUAUCGACAACAUAGCAUAUCGAUUUUUCGCCUAAUAAGUGUUGCCAACCAUGAAUCUAAAGGAAAUUGUUAAGAAAACACGAAUAAAUUAUGAUGGAUGUAAACAAUUUUUACAAUAUUUAUUAUAUUAAGUCUAAAUAAACGUUUUAUUUCAUAACCAAUAAAAAUAUAUUCAUUUUUACGAUGUCCUGCAUGAGCUGGGCAGAUUUUUGCCAGGAAUCCCAAGAACUUUUGGAGAUGUCUAGAAGACUGAUUGAUACAUGGAGCUGGGAAGAAAAGACUUCCGAUGAGGGUCAAUCAUACUUGGUGUAUAAACAAAAACUUUCCGAUCCACUUACACAGGACUUAAUACAAAUUGAAUAUAACAUAGUAUAUUCGAUAUCAUAUCAAGUUCCCAUAAUGUAUUUUCAGGCCCAUCAUAGUGAUGGGAAAAUGCUAAGUUUGGAGAGCGUUUGGCAAUUAUUUCUAUUCCAAAAAGAUUCCCAAUACUCACGUGAAGAUAUGCUAAGCAUUCUAACGCAAAUGGAACAUCCGGUGCUCUUUAAACCCUACAUGUGUCUACAUCCAUGUCGUACAGCGGAAAUUCUCGAACAAAUGCCGCAUAGUAAAAAUCGUAUAUUAACAUUUAUUAGUAUAAUGGGUCCAUAUUUACAAUUGAAUUUAGAUAAUGGUUAUGGCUUGCUGUGUAGAGGAGAAGGAGAGUACUUGAGUGACGAUGUGAAGAACCUACCUACAGUAUAAAUAUGUCCAACUAGUCAUGAUAGCAUUAAGUGAAUUAGAUUUUGAUAUUUGUUGAUUGAUGGUUAUAAUCGUAUUUUGUAUAAUUUGUACAAUUGGAACAUUGUCUUUUAUACAUAACACUUGACUGAAAUAAAGACAUUGCAUUUCCAUACA